AUGCUGCAGGCGGCUGCGUGGAUGGAGUGCGUCAAGCAGUGUGCAAUGACCGACAACACGCCCCUCACAAAGGCGGAGGUUCGACUGCUGACUCGGUGGAGGAAACAGCAGGCUGCCGCGUUUUAUCGCUGGACACAACGCGACAAAGCGAUGCACUCGCAGUCCCAACAACACGCGCGUGCCGUCAACCUCAAGCGCAUCCAAGGAGCUCGUGACUUCCUCGGCAUCGGUGUCCGGGAUCAGCGGAUGAAUGAUCCGACAAUGACGGAGGAUUUCCUGAAGCACUUCCUCUCCUUCAGAGAGCGGAAGAUGAACGAGAGUGCGUGCAUGCGUGUGUUGUUGUUGUUGUUGUUGUUGUUGUUGUUGUUGUUGUUGUUGUUGUUGUUGUUGUUGUUGUUGUUGUUGUUGUUGUUGUUGUUGUUGCUGCUACUGCUGCUACUUGCACUGUCAAGUUGA